AUGUCAGCGAUUGCAUCAAACCGCCUACAUCUUUAUAAGAAUGCCGGUCGAGGUUCGGCACUUCGGGACGCACUCAGAAAGAAGUGUGCUGAGAAAAUACGCGAAAAGCGGAUGAACCAGUUCGAUUCUCGACGAAACCUCGAGCAUGUUGUGCGCGAAACUGUGAGCACUGAGAUGAGAACAGAAUUCGCCGACUAUGAUCAGAAUGCAUUACUGGAGCUUUACGAGUCUAUAACUAGAGCCCUUAUCGAAGAAGAGUAUGAAGAUAUGCAGAGAAUGGAAGAUGAACGAUUAGAAGCUGAUGUGGAAGAGUUUCUUAAUCCGCCAGUUUACUGCCCUUCUUGUUUGCGAGCACCGCUGACUGUCGAUCAACAGUCAGCCAAGUGUAAAAAUUGCUCCUUUCGACACGAUUUUAACAACAACUGCCCUCCACCCACUCAGUCCGAACUAAGGAGGUUACUCUCGGAAGGUUUCCUUACUCAUGAGGCCACAGAAUGUAGCACCCAACCACGGGCCGUACAGCACAGUGGCCGACUAGGGCUGUUUUGUGAUGACUGUGGUUUUGAAACUAUGAUCAUUUGA